AUGACUUCGCGAUCCUUCCUUGACUGCAUGGAUGAGAUUAUGUCGCCGCUUGAGAAGGCACAAUCGGCUGUUAUGAGUGAUGAUGCUCAAGGCCUGCUCCCGCUUCUCGCAAAACCAGGCGAGACCGCCAACGGCAAAAUUACUGAGUCCACACUGGUGAACGAAGUGGUUGGUGAGAACCUUCUCGACUUCGCCGUACAUCAAUUGGCUGGCUAUUGCGUAGCUCUCCUCACCGCCCCGCCUUUCAAAUGGAGUCCUGAGAGGAAAAACGCGUUGGGUGAGACCGCUGUCGCAAGGGCAGCCAAGCAUCCCUACUUGCCUGUCAUGUACUCUAUUGCCGCGACCUCAGACACCGCAGACCUCUCCUCCGAACGGAGCCUGGCUUCUUUUCUGCUCACUCCUAGUCAAUUUUUUCAGUCUCCUCUCACUUGGGAUGACGUAGGUCUCAUUUUUCGUCCUGGAGAUAUUUACCUAUCGUCUAAUUACCAUUUCUGA